AUUCGAAUAAAUAUCACAGUAAAUCUCGUAAAUAUAUAUUUUCAGUGAUCUUAUAUUAUCUAAACAGGACAAUUUUAUAUAAAUUAUCCAAGGUGGAAGGUUUAAACUAUAAAUUUUAGCAUAGCGCCCUAUGUGACUAAAGGUAUGAAUACUUACUUUUUAAUGCACUUCAUCUCGCCCAGCAUUGGCGUCAGUAAAGAGUGGGCACACCAACCAAUAUAGCAGCUUUACUGACUGCAUCCGAAUAGGACACUAGCAGAGUCAUGCACUGCAUCGCCAUCCCAGCAUUGAUAAAUAAUUUAAAACCAUAAAAACAACAUGAAAAUGAAUACGGAUCGUUUCAACCUCACAGUUGACGAGUAUUUAGCUGAAACGAAUGUCCUCUUCUAUCUCAAUGAUGCAGUCACGCAGCUACUUGAACAUAAGGAAGAAUACACUCAGUUUGGUGUGGUCCGAUAUUUUGCAGAAUAUUUUACCAGUGUGAAGAAUGGGAAUCAUGUACUCUUCAGGGAAUUUAGUUACAUCAAGUCAACACCACAUAACAGAGUGUCCUUCAUUCAUAUCAUCUGGAAAUGCUUCAGACAGAUUGGAAAAAAUGGGGAUCUAUUGGCUAUGUCAGAAUAUAGUUCACUCCUACAGCUGCUAUGUCCAGACUUUCCUAUUGAGGUGGUACAAAACGCAGCCAGGAUUGUCCUGAUGGAUGAUGCUAUGGAUUGUCUAAUGUCAUUCUCAGAUUUCAUCUAUUCAUUCCAAAUCCAGUUCUAUUAUGAAGAGUUUGUGGAGAGUGUCUCUGUGAUUUAUCAAGACCUGCUUUCGGGAAAAAACCCAAACACUGUCAUCGUCCCGACCUCCACCUCAGUAGAGCAGUUAUCCAGCACAGUCAAUGAGGAGCCAGAUGCUCAAGAGGGCGUAGACUCCUCCGUCUUUUGUGAGUGCAUAGAGGGACUCUGUGAGAGGUUCAAACACAAAUAUCCCUCCAUUGCUGCUAUGAAGGAAAUACUAGAGAGCAGUCAGCGUGUCUCAUUCUAUGGCUGCCUGAUGGCCUUGGCCAAACAUGAAGGAGUAAACCAAGACAUCGGUGCUCUUCCCAAUAAAUCGGACCUGCUGAUUGAUCCAGAAAUGGACCAGGAGCUGGAGAGACUCAUAGCUCAAGUCGCCAUCAGCCCGACUUCCAACAGCAGCAGCAGUGUUGCGGGACAGAAGGAGAUGUCCAAAAAAGCCUCACCACGCAAGUCCCUGCACCAACGCAAGAGAAUUGAAAUGGAGAGUGACGGUUCCACGGAGGAGACGGAUUCCUCUGAGAAUUAACACCAACAGACUGUGAUGUUUGCUAACGUGUUUAUGUUUCUUAUAUAAGCCUGGAACAUGCAGUCAUUUGUUUAAUAUAUGUUCUUGUGGUGACUUUUGCUCUAUUUAUGAUGAUAAUAGAUGAUAAUCUGUGAUGGACAAUAUCACAUACAGUACAUAAUACUUAAGCCUGAGAGUGCAAUAGACAUCUAAAUGCUCUGUAAUGGCAAGAGAUAAAGCAAUAGUUCCCCCAAAAUGUUCUCAUCAUUUACACAUGCCAUUCCAGAUGCGCAUGACUUUAUUUCUUCUGCAGCACACAAACAAAGACAAUGCAAGUGAAUGGUGUUCAGAACUUUGAAGCUCCAAAAAGCACAUAAAGGCAGCAUAAAUCCACAAGACUCCUUGGUUUAAUCCAUGUCUUCUGAAGUGAUCCAAUUGGUUUUGGGCAAGAACAGACCUAAAUAUAACUCCCUUUCACUAUUAAUCAUGACAUGAGAAGUCUCCUUGGCGAUCAUGAUUUCAAGCUCGAUUACACUUCCUAGCACCAUGUAGAGCUCUGCACAUCCCUCAAGCGCUAGGAAGUGUAAUCAAAUUUGACAUCAUGAUUGUUCCUAGAGACUGCAGUGGCAAGCUGUGCAUUUCUGCUGAACUAUUCAUUCAAAGAACUUUAAGUGUGACAUAAAAAUUGUAUAAAUGUGUUUGUCUGCAGUUGUUUUAAACAUUCUUGCUAAGGUAAGCAUAUUGCUGAUACAUAAAAAAAAAAACAAACAAAAAAAAAACCCUAAUGCUAAAUAAACAUAAAACUUGCAUGUAAACACCUUAGCAAUCGCAUAGCAACCACUUCUGGUUUCUUAGUCUUAUUUUUUUUUUUUUUUACAUACCAGGACAAUACAUUUACAAAUAGGAUUCAAUUUAAUGGGUUCCACAGAACAGUUAUAAUCAUAAAAAAAAGUACAGUGAUAAUAACUGAAAUAGAAAUAGGCACAACUUGUGAUUUUACAGGAUACAUUUUUGUAUCAGAAAUAAGAAAACGAAUGUUUCAUUAUCAGGCAGCCAUUUUCUUCAGCACCAUGUAUAUAGACCACAUUCUGUCAUUAUAAUAGUAGAUUUUCACCUUCAUUGUUAUGAAUCACCUUAUAUGUUUUACGUGCCAAAAAUAAUAUAUUUUGAGAUUCUUCCCAUUUCAUUAUAAUAAUAAAUAAGAGAUCUGAUAUGUGUAAAAAGAAAAUACAAUGAUUUGGUUUUCACAGCUACAUACUUCAGGGAUACAGAGACUGAAGAUUGGAAUAGGUCCAGACUACACUCUGUUUAACAGAGCAACAUUUCGGAAUAUAAGCACAUUAAACAUUGAAUAUAAGAACAAAAAUGCAUUCACAGAAGUAAGCAUGGAUGCCAUAUUGUAUUUGUGAUGCCUGAACAGACUUUGUAGUGCGCAUCUGACCAAAGAUAAACUGUAGCAAUUACCUUAUUUCACGUACAACAGUUUGGGGAUUUCAACAAAUUGUUAACCCAGGGUCAUUUUUAACCCUGGGUUAUCAUGUUCCAAGUUUCACACUGUUAUACUUUACCAUGGUUUAGUAAUUCACAUUGUACACCUCUGUCAAAAAAUACAGGGCUGAAAGCAGUGCUUGUGUUUUUAAAGUUGUUUGUGUGAAUCUUUAAACCCAGGGUUAAAACUGGCCUUAAUGCAGGGUUAAGUUUAGCAUGAAAAGACCAAAGGGUACCAGGAGGGGCAGACAGAGUAUGUGCUUGGAUUUGAAUUUAAUUUCAUAGUCCACCUCCAUUCUGAAUGAAAGAAGGAACUGCCCCAGAGAGUAUCUCCACUUUGCUUUGGUUACAGAUAAACUUUGAAAUACAGGUCUUCAUUUUGGAUCCAGACUAACUGUAAGAUCUCCUUUCUAUCAAGGCGUGUUGUUUUCCAUUAUUAAAUGCAUUGGACAUUGUGCUUCGCAUCAAUUCAAACCCAAGCUUUGCACUGAGUAACAAUAAAUCAAAAGAUGACUUUUACAAGUCACAUCAAACUUUUUUUUUUUUUUUUUAGUUAUUACACUUUGUAAAGCUUUACAUCAGUCAGUAAUACUCGAGUGAUAAGAGGUGAAAAUAGUGCACUGUAGCCAAUAUCUGUUAAACACUUGGGGUGUUUUUUUUUUUUUUUUAUUUUAACAUUUGUCUAAAAUAGACAUCAACAUAUUAUCAACAUGACACAUUACAAAGAGGCUUAAAACCACCAUCAUGCGACACCUCAUAUAUUAUGUGGUUA